AUAUCACUGAUUCAGAAGUCGGGAAUACCGCCGCUAGUGCCAUCAGGUGGCCGUCCACCGAUUCCACCAUCUCAAUCAAUGAGGCAGCCCCAGCCACCGAUGACAAGAACUCCUUUGCUAGGACCAAAUUUCGGGAACGGAUCCAGUGUAGCCAGAGCUGCUCCAACUGUGGCAAAAUAUGUCGAAUUGAGUCGCCUUCCUACAGAGAUGCUUCGCCCGGCUGUCUUAGAACAGUUUCUUAGUCAAGGAAUACAUAUGAACACACUUGUAAGAUUUGAUAACCCAGCUGAUGCUGAUGCUGUGCUUGCAAGGGAUGGAGAGUUGGCGCCUGCUGAGAAUGCUGAUCACAAGCGCGAUUCAGAGCACUCGCGGCGUCGCUCGCGAUCAAGAAGUCGUGACAGAUCUCGUACACGAAGUCGCGAUCGACGGUCAGCUCGUCACUCUCGAAGCCGUUCAGCUCCGAAGCGGUCGCGGCAGACGACUGGCUCAACACGAUGGUGUCUACAGUUAACAAACGUCCCUUUCCGAUGCACAGAACAGGAGCUCAUCGAGUGGAUGUCGGAGAGAGUAAGGCCAACCAAAGUAACUCGAACGUUCUAUGCUGAUGGAAAUGCUUCCGAUCGUUGGAUUGCAGAGUUCGAAAGCGAGUCUUUGAUGGAGCGGGCUAUGGGAAUCAAACGACUUUUGAUAGGCCGUACAGUAAAGAUGUGUCAUAUUGAAAAUGAGCAAGCUGAUGAAUUGCUGAAGAUUGAAGAUGUAUACGGUGAACGACGAAAGGAGAGUAGUGAAAAGGCGGCCAAUGCAGAGCAUCGAGAUAUAAAACCAGUAAUAUUCAAAGUUAUUUGUAUGGUUCAAUCUCACACUCUCACUGUCACAUUGUUUCAGCCUGCGGCAGCUACUGAUGAUCUUGUCGCUUCAUUGGGCCCAAAAGGAACAGUUGUAUCGUGUUGUGGGUUCCCUUCUGAUGUCACAAUGGAAGAUGUGCUGGGCUUUUUCAAAGGCUACCCUGUUGAUCAUAACUCAGUUCGAAUACGUAUGGGAGACGAUGGCAUACCCACUGGAGAGUGUAUGCUCGCCAUGUCGAGUCCAGAGUCGUCAAAAAAAGCCGUCUCAGUUCUUGCGGGUCGAAAACUCCGAGGUCAAGUUGUCUCGCUACAGUUAGCUAACCCAUGA